AUGCUCCUCCUCCUGCUCCUCCUCCUGCUCCUCCUGCUCCUCCUGCUCCUGCUCCUGCUCCUGCUCCUCCUCCUGCUCCUUCUCUUCCUCCCUACACUUCUGUCCCCUCCCUCCUCCCCCUUUCCUAACGGAGUCAAGAUGGCCUCGCGGGUAGCAGCGAGCAUGAAUCGUGCAGCUCGUGCUUGCGUGUACACUGCCAGGACCCUCAAGGAGUACGAGGAGAUGGCAGUGAGACUCUGCAACAGGAAGAAGUGGAGCUCACGGAUGAGAGAGACGGUCUUCUCCGAGAGAUCUUCAGCUCCUCUCUUUCAGACCGUUGAGAUGACAUCAGCGCUCGUCCGGGGCUAUCGAAUGCAGCAGGAAGUUUUGGAAUCGGCGGGUGAGUAG